GAGACUCGCCGUCUGUAUAAACAGAAGCUUGAGGAGGUCUCCAAGCUACAAGACAGCUGCUCCCAUGCCAUAGCACGACAGAGGAAUAAAUUAAAAGAGCUCACAGUGUCACUGGGAGACUGAGUAGCAAGCGCAGUUGAUGUACUCGGACAUGGAACCUCACCUUUUUCAAUGUUAUUUAGUAAUAACAGUGUAAUAGACCUCACUGUAGUCAUCAUUCUGGUUAUUCUGUUGGUCAGCUUUGUACUUAUUACUAAAUCAUGUUAACCUUUUCCUCUUUAGAUGCAAAGAAACAAUGAGUACAGAGGAAAUUAAUGUGAUAGAUGGGAUCCAGGAAUUUAUCAAGGACAGUUUAGCUUGAUACAAGUUGGCUCUCUACUAGAAAAGCAAGUUUGUCUCUUUUUUAGAGAAGAUUUGUAGAUAAUUAUUUUCUUGAUCAAAUUCACAUUUGUUAUUCACUAAAACAACUGCCCAAGAACAAAUUUAAUUUAAAAUGUUCUUCUCUCCCUCCUUUGCUGUUCAGGUUAUACCUCAGUCUCGUUCUUGGGAUUGUGAAUGUAACACUACUCAACAAACACUCCAAGUAAGCGCUUUUCAGUCUUUUAACAAAUGUAUUGCAAUAUAAUAAUAAUAUCAUAACAUGACAAUGAGAACUCAUACUCUAACUGUGUGAGCUUCUUUGUGAACAUAACAGAUGCUUUCUCUCUUCUCUCGCCACCAGAUUUACCUACAAAGAUGAAUAUGAGAAAUUCAAAUUGGUCCUCACUGUCCUACUCCUCUUCUUCUCAUUCACAUGUCGCUUUGUAUUUAGUUACAGGUGAGUAACCUCACAUACAGUGGGGAGAACAAGUAUUUGAUACACUGCCGAUUUUGCAGGUUUUCCUACUUACAAAGCAUGUAGAGGUCUGUAAUUUUUAUCAUAGGUACACUUCAACUGUGAGAGACGGACUCUAAAACAAAAAUCCAGAAAAUCACAUUGUAUGAUUUUUAAGUAAUUGAUUUGCAUUUUAUUGCAGGACAUAAGUAUUUGAUACAUCAGAAAAGCAUAACUUAAUAUUUGGUACAGAAACCUUUGUUUGCAAUUACAGAGAUCAUACGUUUCCUGUAGGUCUUGACCAGGUUUGCACACACUGCAGCAGGGAUUUUGGCCCACUCCUCCAUACAAACAUUCUCCAGAUCCUUCAGGUUUCGGGGCUGUCGCUGGGCAAUACGGACUUUCAGCUCCCUCCAAAGAUUUUCUAUUGGGUUCAGGUCUGGAGACUGGCUAGGCCACUCCAGGACCUUGAGAUGCUUCUUACGGAGCCACUCCUUAGUUGCCCUGGCUGUGUGUUUCGGGUCGUUGUCAUGCUGGAAGAUCCAGCCACGACCCAUCUUCAAUGCUCUUACUGAGGGAAGGAGGUUGUUGGCCAAGAUCUCGCGAUACAUGGCCCCAUCCAUCCUCCCCUCAAAACGGUGCAGUCGUCCUGUCCCCUUUGCAGAAAAACAUCCCCAAAGAAUGAUGUUUCCACCUCCAUGCUUCACGGUUGGGAUGGUGUUCUUGGGGUUGUACUCAUCCUUCUUCUUCCUCCAAACACGGCGAAUGGAGUUUAGCCCAAAAAGCUCUAUUUUUGUCUCAUCAGACCACAUGACCUUCUCCCAUUCCUCCUCUGGAUCAUCCAGAUGGUCAUUGGCAAACUUCAGACGGGCCUGGACAUGCGCUGGCUUGAGCAGGGGGACCUUGCGUGCGCUGCAGGAUUUUAAUCCAUGACGGCGUAGUGUGUUACUAAUGGUUUUCUUUGAGACUGUGGUCCCAGCUCUCUUCAGGUCAUUGACCAGGUCCUACCAUGUAGUUCUGGGCUGAUCCUUCACCUUCCUCAUGAUCAUUGAUGCCCCACGAGGUGAGAUCUUGCAUGGAGCCCCAGACCGAGGGUGAUUGACCGUCAUCUUGAACUUCUUCCAUUUUCUAAUAAUUGCGCCAACAGUUGUUGCCUUCUCACCAAGCUGCUUGCCUAUUGUCCUGUAGCCCAUCCCAGCCUUGUGCAGGUCUACAAUUUUAUCCCUGAUGUCCUUACACAGCUCUCUGGUCUUGGCCAUUGUGGAGAGGUUGGAGUCUGUUUGAUUGAGUGUGUGGAUAGGUGUCUUUUAUACAGGUAACAAGUUCAAACAGGUGCAGUUAAUACAGGUAAUGAGUGGAGAACAGGAGGGCUUCUUAAAGAAAAACGAACAGGUCUGUGAGAGCCGGAAUUCUUCCUGGUUGGUAGGUGAUCAAAUACUUAUGUCAUGCAAUAAAAUGCAAAAUAAUUACUUAAAAAUCAUACAAUGUGAUUUUCUGGAUUUUUGUUUUAGAUUCUGUCUCUCACAGUUGAAGUGUACCUAUGAUAAAAUUACAGACCUCUACAUGCUUUGUAAGUAGGAAAACCUGCAAAAUUGGCAGUGUAUCAAAUACUUGUUCUCCGCUAUAUCCAGGCCAACCACAUUGCUGAGUGAUUGAGAUGGUACAAAGUGUGCAGCAAAUGCGCUAUAGAGACGCUAAAUUGUUCUUACCAUCUCUCUUUUUCUUUAGGAGACUCGCCGUCUGUAUAAACAGAAGCUUGAGGAGGUCUCCAAGCUACAAGACAGCUGCUCCCAUGCCAUAGCACUACAGAGGAAUAAAUUAAAAGAGCUCAUAGUGUCACUGGGAGACUGAGUAGCAAGCGCAGUUGAUGUACUCGGACAUGGAACCUCACCUUUUUCAAUGUUAUUUAGUAAUAACAGUGUAAUAGACCUCACUGUAGUCAUCAUUCUGGUUAUUCUGUUGGUCAGCUUUGUACUUAUUACUAAAUCAUGUUAACCUUUUCCUCUUUAGAUGCAAAGAAACAAUGAGUACAGAGGAAAUUAAUGUGAUAGAUGGGAUCCAGGAAUCUAUCAAGGACAGUUUAGCUUGAUACAAGUUGGCUCUCUACUAGAAAAGCAAGUUUGUCUCUUUUUUAGAGAAGAUUUGUAGAUAAUUAUUUUCUUGAUCAAAUUCACAUUUGUUAUUCACUAAAACAACUGCCCAAGAACAAAUUUAAUUUAAAAUGUUCUUCUCUCCCUCCUUUGCUGUUCAGGUUAUACCUCAGUCUCGUUCUUGGGAUUGUGAAUGUAACACUACUCAACAAACACUCCAAGUAAGCGCUUUUCAGUCUUUUAACAAAUGUAUUGCAAUAUAAUAAUAAUAUCAUAACAUGACAAUGAGAACUCAUACUCUAACUGUGUGAGCUUCUUUGUGAACAUAACAGAUGCUUUCUCUCUUCUCUCGCCACCAGAUUUACCUACAAAGAUGAAUAUGAGAAAUUCAAAUUGGUCCUCACUGUCCUACUCCUCUUCUUCUCAUUCACAUGUCGCUUUGUAUUUAGUUACACGUGAGUAACCUCACAUAUGUAGAGCCUGACCGAUACUGUAUAUGUUUUUUGGGGUCCGAUACGGAUUAGAUUUUUUUAGGGGACAAAAUUUACCAAUACAGAUAUAUCUCCCGAUAUACUGUUUUACAGCAGGGAAAUGAAAAAGUGUCCUUUUUCCACACUCAAUUCUCAUAAAUUGCCAUCCAAAAGAGCAAUUGUCGAAGAAAUAUGCUACAAAUGUUGAUUUGUUACAUUGUGACAAUAAUGACACAUCAUGAGAAUGGCCACAAGUGUUCAGAUAAGUAUGAGAUUCCCUUUUUUCAUCCUAUUUAUUGAAUAUCGGUUAUCGUGGAUUUAUCGGCCAAUACCGAUAUAGCAUUAAAAGGCCAAUAUCGGUCGGGCUCUACUCAUAUGCCAUUUUACUCACUCACAAUCCAUAUCAGGAGUAUUGCCUAAAAUUUUAACGUAUUAAAAACCCACUAUUGUAUUAUUAGUUGUAAUAUAUUGUUAUUAUGCACUAAUACCUAUAAAUUCCUAUUUUGUCCUUUUUGUCUUUGACUUUGAACUAUUUGUGGUUGUGUCCGUCUUUGUUUGGUAGAGCCUUAGACGCUCACUUCAACUUCCUGCUGGUGUGGUACUACUGCACGCUGACCAUCCGGGAGAGUAUCCUCAUUAGCAACGGCUCCAGGUUUGUAACCAACCUCAGGGUCUGUAGGCAACCUUCAGGCCAUUAUCCACUUCAUACUGUGUGUAUUUGCAUUCAGCUGAAGACACUGCACCAAGUGGUCCAAUGAAACAGAACACUAGUGUCUGUGUCAGCCUCAUUACAUGGAGGCAUGUUGAUGCUGCUUUGUCUCCCCAGCAUAUGCAGUCUCUUGUGUGACACACAAGGAUGCUUUGUUUCCACUAUAAAUUGAUGUUCUAUACGAUACUAUUUUGCUUUGUCGUCUGCCGUGUACCUGCACUGUGUGAUGUAAAAAUCCCUCACAGUGUAAAAAUCCUCACAAUUCAAUUGUGUGAGGAAUUUUACGCUGUAAGGAUAUUUACAUCACACACUGCAGUCUUGAAUUGAUACUAACUACUGUAUUUGUACAAUCCUGCAUUGAUAAUACACUUACAUCUAUAACUCACACGUACUGUCCGUUGUGGCUAUUUAUUCGCUGUGACUUGUUUGUUUGUUGUUUCAGGAUCAAUGGUUGGUGGGUGUUUCAUCACUAUGUGUUCUGCUUCCUGUAUGGAGUGAUGCUGACUUGGUAAGUGCACCCUUACCACUGAGACCACAGGGAAUAGUACCGGGUCAGACAUUUACAUUACAUUUACGUCAUUUAGCAGACGCUCUUAUCCAGAGCGACUUACAAAUUGGUGCAUUCACCCUAUAGCCAGUGGGUUAACCACUUUACAAUAUUUGUUAGUAUUUUUUUUUGUAUUUUUUUUUAUUGUUUAUUUAUUUAAGUUAUUUAUUUUAUUUUUUAUUUUUUUUUGGGGGGGGGGGGGGUGUAGAAUGAUUACUUUAUCCUAUCCCAGGUAUUCCUUAAAGAGGUGGGGUUUCAAAUGUCUCCGGAAGGUGGUGAGUGACUCCGCUGUCCUGGCGUCGUGAGGGAGCUUGUUCCACCAUUGGGGUGCCAGAGCAGCGAACAGUUUUGACUGGGCUGAGCGGGAACUAUGCUUCCGCAGAGGAAGGGGAGCCAGCAGGCCAGAGGUGGAUGAACGCAAUGCCCUCGUUUGGGUGUAGGGACUGAUCAGAGCCUGAAGGUACGGAGGUGCCGUUCCCCUCACUGCUCCAUAGGCAAGCCAGACCUUCCUUUGCCUCCAGGACAGCCUGAAUUCUUCGGGGCAUGGAUUCUACAAGGUGUCGGAAGUGUUCCACAGGGAUUUCAGGAACAAUGUUCCCAAACGCUGUGGCGUUCAAUCGUUGCUCAAAUGGUAUCAAGGGACCUAACGUGUGCUAGGAAAACAUUCCCCACACCAGUAUACCACCGCCACCAGCCUAUACCAUUGACACCAGGCAGGAUGGGUCCAUGGACUCAUGCUGCUUAUGCCAAAUCCUGACUUUGACAUCAGCAUGACGCAACAGGAACUGGGAUUCGUCGGACCAGGAAAUGUUUUUCCACUCCUCAAUUGUGUUGGGGAUCGCGUGCCCACUGGAGCCGCUUUUCUUGUUUUUAGCUGAUAGGAGUUGAACCCGGUGUGGUCGUCUGCUGAAAUAGCUCAUCCGAGAAAAGGAUCGAUGAGUUGUGUGUUCCGAGAUGCCGUUCUGCACACGACUGUUGUACAGCGUCGUUAUUUUUCUGUUUGUGACCCGCCUGUUAGCUUGCAUGAUUUUUUCCAUUCUCCUUCGACCUCUCUCAUCAACAAGCUGUUUUUGCCCACAGGACUGCUGCUGACUAGAUCUUUUUUGUUUGUCGCACCAUUCUCAGUAAAUCCUAGACACUGUGCGUGAAAAGCCCAGGAUGGUGGCCGUUUCUGAGAUACUGGAUCUGGCGUGCCUGGCACCGACGAUCAUACCACGCUCAAAGUCGCUUAGGUCACUCGUUUUGCCCAUUCUAACGUUCAAUCGAACAGUAACUGAAUGUCUCGAUGCCUGUCUGCCUGCUUUAUAUAGCAAGCCACUGCCACGUGACUUACUGUCUGUAGGAGCGAUCCAUUUUCGUGAACGGGGUACCUAAUAAACUGCAAUAUGAUAUCACUCAACUAAAUGGCUGCGCAUGUGAUCCAAUUAAACACAAGGGAGAAAUGAAAACCAGCUGACACUGUAGCCCCAGAGGCCUGGAGUUUAGCAUGUUACCAAAUGCACACUUUUAUGUCAUAUUUAUGAGUGCACAAGACAAGAAGAACACAUUAGGUAGCUUGUUGACUCUUGACCCAAAUGCAUAUUUUUACCCCCUGAUUGGCCAGAAUGGAAUUUUCACCAUACUACUUAUACAUAUCUAACUGCCCUGUCCGUCCUACAGUCCGGAAGGCAUACUGUACCAGAUGUUCAGGAAUCAGUUCCUCGCCUACUGCUUGUACCAAAGUAAGACACAACUGUAAUAUCUUUAAGUGAGAGAUAAAAUGACUAUGGAGUGGCAUACAAUUGUUUUUAUCUGAGGCUAACAUUAUUCAAAACAAAUGGCACUAUUCAACUUUUGAAUAGGAAUUUCAAUUAAUUAAUCUUCUAAAUUAAAAUGGGAUUGACCUGAAACCUGGGGAGAAGUAGAACAGUCUCAGUAUUAAUACAGUAUACUUCUGUUGUGUUUUCUGUGCCAAAUAGGUUUUGUCCAGUUUCUCCAGUACUAUUACCAGAGUGGCUGUCUGUACAGACUUCGAGCCCUGGGAGAGAGUCACAACAUGGAUUUGCCAGUUGGUGAGAGAGAAGUCACACAUUGUUGUGUGUCAUCAUGACUACUCACUGAUCACAUGUGUUUAAGAGGAACAUGACCAAAAUGACAAAAACGCAUCCUCCUCCAUCACUCCUCAUUGACCUGAUAUCAGGGCAUCAUCAACACAUAGAUUGCAGCUGUAUACAUAGUACAUGUUUACUGGUAUUGUAUAGUACAUGUUUAUUAUAUAUGUAUUCCAUAUACACUGCUCAAAAAAAUAAAGGGAACACUUAAACAACACAAUGUAACUCCAAGUCAAUCACACUUCUGUGAAAUCAAACUGUCCACUUAGGAAGCAACACUGAUUGACAAUACAUUUCACAUGCUGUUGUGCAAAUGGAAUAGACAACAGGUGGAAAUUAUAGGCAAUUAGCAAGACACCCCCAAUAAAGGACUGGUUUUGCAGGUGGUGACCACAGACCACUUCUCAGUUCAUAUGCUUCCUGGCUGAUGUUUUGGUCACUUUUGAAUGCUGGCGGUGCUUUCACUCUAGUGGUAGCAUGAGACGGAGUCUACAACCCACACAAGUGGCUCAGGUAGUGCAGCUCAUCCAGGAUGGCACAUCAAUGCGAGCUGUGGCAAGAAGGUUUGCUGUGUCUGUCAGCGAAGUGUCCAGACCAUGGAGGCGCUACCAGGAGACAGGCCAGUACAUCAGGAGACGUGGAGGAGGCCGUAGGAGGGCAACAACCCAGCAGCAGGACUGCUACCUCCGCCUUUGUGCAAGGAGGAGCAGGAGGAGCACUGCCAGAGCCCUGCAAAAUGACCUCCAGCAGGCCACAAAUGUGCAUGUGUCUGCUCAAACGGUCAGAAACAGACUCCAUGAGGGUGGUAUGAGGGCCCGACGUCCACAGGUGGGGGUUGUGCUUACAGCCCAACACCGUGCAGGACGUUUGGCAUUUGCCAGAGAACACCAAGUUGGCAAAUUCGCCACUGGCGCCCUGUGCUCUUCACAGAUGAAAGCAGGUUCACACUGAGCACAUGUGACAGACGUGACAGAGUCUGGAGACGCCGUGGACAACGUUCUACUGCCUGCAACAUCCUCCAGCAUGACCGGUUUGGCUGUGGGUCAGUCAUGGUGUGGGGUGGCAUUUCUUUGGGGGGACGCACAGCCCUCCAUGUGCUCGCCAGAGGUAGCCUGACUGCCAUUAGGUACCGAGAUGAGAUCCUCAGACCCCUUGUGAGACCAUAUGCUGGUGCGGUUGGCCCUGGGUUCCUCCUAAUGCAAGACAAUGCUAGACCUCAUGUGGCUGGAGUGUGUCAGCAGUUCCUGCAAGAGGAAGUCAUUGAUGCUAUGGACUGGCCCGCCCGUUCCCCAGACCUGAAUCCAAUUGAGGACAUCUGGGACAUCAUGUCUCGCUCCAUCCACCAACGCCACGUUGCACCACAGACUGUCCAGGAGUUGGCGGAUGCUUUAGUCCAGGUCUGUGAGGAGAUCCCUCAGGAGACCAUCCGCCACCUCAUCAGGAGCAUGCCCAGGCGUUGUAGGGAGGUCAUACAGGUACGUGGAGGCCACACACACUACUGAGCCUCAUUUUGACUUGUUUUAAGGACAUUACAUCAAAGUUGGAUCAGCCUGUAGUGUGGUUUUCCACUUGAAUUUUGAGGGUGACUCCAAAUCCAGUCCUCCAUGGGUUGAUAAAUUUGAUUUCCAUUGAUCAUUUUUGUGUGAUUUUGUUGUCAGCACAUUCAACUAUGUAAAGAAAAAAGUAUUUAAUAAGAUUAUUUCAUUCAUUCAGAUCUAGAAUGUGUUAUUUUAGUGUUCCCUUUAUUUUAAACAAACAUUCCUCCACCUCACAGGGUUUCCAGUAGUGGAUGUGGCAAGACCUUCCUUCUGACCUUCCUGUUCUUUUGUCAUGUGAGUAUCAGGGGCUCAUCUCCCCACUGGUAGUGCUCAGUGAAGACCUUUUGUCUACAGUAAAUGUAGUGUCUCUCAGACAUCAGUUCAAUGUCUAGUUUUGAUUUACAUUUGGUUGAGUUGUCAACUAACGUGAAUUCAACAUGAAAUCAACUAAUCAUUUCACCAUGUCAUUGGAUUUAGGUUAAAAUUCCCUGACGUUGAUGACUUUUUUCAAAUCCAAUCAGUUUUCCACAUUGAUUCAACGUCAUCACAUUACAUUUUUGGGUUGAAAUGACUUGGAAACAAUGUUGGUUCAAUCGGGGGGGGGGGGGGUAUUUUAGGGUAUUGAAAGUACCAAAGUUAUUUCUGGAUAUUGAUGUCACUGCACUUGUAUGCCUUGCGCAAGAGGGAGGGCGACACCUCUGUGUUCUAUGUGUUUGUAGUUCUGGCAGCUCUACAAUGUCCUAACACUGUUCAGGAUGGCCCAGCUCCCGGAGUGUAGAAAGUGGCAGGUCAGUGCAUUUCACAGAUGCUCUUUUCAUUUCACAGAUAAAAUGAAUGAAACUUGACAACUUCCUUUAUUGACAAUGUCAAUAUCAAUGUGUCAAGCUCCUUAUGUGUCUCAUGUAUUUUGUUGCCAGUCAAAAUGAAAGUGAACAUUUGCUACUUUAUUCCUAACCUGUCCUCACUCCCCACCCUCCAGGUCUUCAUGUGUGGCUGCUCCUACCUCGUGUUAUUUAUGGGGAACUUCUCCACCACACUUGGUGUGGUCUACCAUAAGUACAUCCACAACAUAGAGAAAGAUAACUGGACA